UACCCGGGAAAAUGCAAGCUCAACAAAAUAUAUUAUUUUGAACGCUAGGAAUUAUUCAAACAAAAUCUAGAUGGACAUAAGCGACAGCGAGGAUGAAAAUGUCACAGAGAAAUACAUUAAAUCUAAUAAAGAUUUGAAUGCGAUAGGAUGGGCAGAUGGUAUUCCUCUGAGAAUUUACCAGUUAUCCGGAGUGAACUGGUUGAUUGACUGUUAUAAAAAGGAGCAUGGAGCCAUCCUAGGAGAUGAAAUGGGUCUUGGUAAAACUUGUCAGACCAUAGCCUUUAUACUGUAUAAUCAGAGAUCAAAGAAGAAAGCUCAACCAAGUCUAGUUGUAUGUCCACGAUCUGUGUUAGAAAACUGGGAUGCAGAAAUUAAGAGGUUUGCACCGACUUUGAAGGUCUUAUGUUAUACAGGAGACAAAGAAAAAAGGAACGAGUUGGCUCAGAAUAUGAAGAAUAAAACCCAUAAUAUCAAUAUACUGGUCACAACAUAUGAGUUAUGUCUGAAAGACAGUGGAUUUUUAUCUUCUAUUCCAUGGACCUGUUUAGUAGUGGAUGAAGCUCAUAGACUAAAGAACAAUGAAUCACAACUUCAUCUGACACUUAAAGAGUGGGACAUACCACACAGUGUGUUGUUAACAGGUACACCUGUGCAGAACAACCUCCAGGAAUUGUAUUCACUACUCAGUUUUAUAGCUCCAAGAAAAUUCAGAAAAUCUGGUCAAGAGAAAUUUGUUGAUAAAUUUAGUGACAUGGAUAAGAAUGGUAUGAAGGAACUUCACAGUUUGUUAAAACCUUACCUGUUAAGGAGAACUAAAGAUGAAGUGUUAAAGGAUCUCCCUAAAAAGUCAGAAAUUAUCAUGUUUCAUGGGAUAUCCAAAUUACAGAAAAAAUUAUACAAGGCAAUACUUACCAAAGAUAUCAGUGCGUUUGAAACAGUAAAUUACCGUGGAGAAAUGAGUUCACCCAGUUUGAUGAACAUUUUAAUGCAGCUAAGGAAAUGUGUCAAUCAUCCUUAUCUAUUUGAUGGAGUUGAGCCAGAACCUUUCAUGAUUGGAGACCAUUUAAUAGAUGUGAGUGGUAAGCUAGCAUUGAUGGAUAAAAUGUUGUCUUAUCUGAAGUCAGCUGGACAUAAAGUAUUACUCUUCUCACAGAUGACCCACAUGCUGGACAUUCUACAAGAUUAUCUGGGUUAUAGAGGUUAUACAUAUGAAAGGUUAGACGGAUCUGUCAGGGGAGAAGAAAGAUUUAUUGCUGUUCAGAACUUCAACAAAAAUGAAGAUACUUUUGUAUUUCUGUUAAGUACAAGAGCAGGAGGUCAGGGGUUAAAUUUGGUGGCAGCAGACACUGUGAUAUUUGUGGACAGUGAUUUUAACCCUCAGAAUGAUUUACAAGCUGCAGCAAGGGCCCAUAGGAUUGGUCAAACAAGACCUGUAAAGAUAGUUCGCCUUAUUGGUAAAAACACAGUAGAGGAAAUAAUAUUAAAGAGAGCAGAGGACAAACUUAAACUGACAGAGAAAGUUAUAGAGGAAGGAGAAUUCUCUCUGGGAUUGUCUAAACAGAAGUUAUUUACUGACGAUAAAGUUAAGCUGACAGACAUACUGAAAUUUGGAGUAGAUGAUCUGUUGAAAGAUGACGACAGCUCUGAGUUAGAUCUAGACUUCACAGAACUGUUAGGUCCUUCAGUGGGAGGUGAAUGGCAAGUCAAGGAGGAAGUCAUCCAGGAAAAGGAGGCAGACCAAAGUGAUGAGGAGAUGCCUGAUGACCAGGGACCUCAGAGUAUGUAUGUAUUUGAAGGAACAGAUUACUCAAAAGAACCUUCCACUGCUGAUCAAAAGGCUUUUGAGGAAUUAAUAGAAGCUUCUAGAGUUGUAUUAGAAGAUUUAGGAGAGAGAUCAUUGAGGAGAACAACAUCACUGUUAAUGGGACCUCUAGCUGAAGGUGGCAGAAAGCCAAGAAAACAAAUAACUCCAGAAGAAAUGGAGGAGAGAAAGAGAAAAAAAAAAGAAGCAGCAGAGAAGAAAGCAAAGUUAGCAGAAGAACAAGAAAUCAGAAGAGCACAGGAAAGAAGAAAGAAAAUGGAGGAGCUGUGGAAGGCCAACAGUUACACGUCAGCCCGUGUAGAGGUCCCUAGUGAUGAUGAUGAGGAGGAAGAGGAUUACUCUCAGAUUGACUUUGACCAAGAGGAUGAUGAGAACAAACCAAGGUCAAGGGCAAUCCAUUACAUUAGUGGUGAUGUCAUGAAACCAGUAGAUACUGGAUCAUCAGUAAACUUAAUAAUACAUUGUGCAGAUGAUUCUGGAGGCUGGGGUAAAGGAGGUGUGUUCACAGCAAUAUCUAAAAGAUCUGAAGUUCCAGAAAAACAGUAUGAAUUGGCUGGUAACUUAUUUGAUUUAGCAUUAGGAGACUGUCACUUAAUACCAUUGGAUGAAGAUAUGGAUGAAGUUGAUACUGAAAACUGGCUGGCUUUAUUGAUAGCCCAACAUAGAGAUAAAAGGAACAACUUAUCUGGUAUAAAGCUGCCUGCCUUGAGAGAAGGACUACAGGCUGUUUACUAUGCUGCUAAAACUAGAUCAGCUAGUGUACAUUUACCACGUAUAGGAUAUGAUACUCCAGGAUUUAACUGGUAUGGUACAGAAAGGCUGAUAAAGAAACAUCUAGCAUCUAAAGGGAUUCCUACCUAUAUAUAUUAUUACCCAAGAAGACAGACAUUAUUGAAAAGAAAAACAUCACUAGGAACAGACAGUGAGAAAGAAGCCAAGAAACCCAGACACUCCGAUCAAUCUCCAAACUCCUCAGUGAAAUCCAGUCCAGGUCUGUUAGAUUUAUUCUCUGAACUGUCUAUGUAUAUCCAUCCUGACAAGUUUACAGCUGAUCAGUUGAAGACUUACAGACGAUAUUUUAUAGCGUAUGAUGGUGAUAUACAUCCUAUGAUGACUGAAACCACAAAACUUGUACUGGUCCAUCCUGAUGCUGAUACAAAAGCUAUCAAACUAGAGAAUGAUGAUACCCCUAUAGUUACAGAGAAGUGGUUAGAGCAGUGUUUACAACAGAGAACGUGUUUAUCUACAGACAAAUUUAAAGUUACAUGA